ACGAGCGUAUCGAUAAUGGAUAAUAUCAAGUAGGUAUCGCUUAUAAAUAUGCCUGCUUCGCCUACACUCGGGCUCUAGACGAACUCAAAUCCCGAUCCAAUAAACAGACAACAGACAACACAGUCUCGGUUGUUUAGAAAGAAAUUGUCAGCAGUGUCGCUUCCUCGGCAAACGUGAUCCGUUGAAUUCAAAUUCGCUAAGCGUGCGUCAGCUACAAAAUCGGUCCAGCAAGUAGAUAAUGGCAGUGCGUAGCGUCCUGAGGCCCAUCUUCAGUCUGAGUAGGCGUCUGAGGCCCUUGUCCACGUCCAGCGUGAGGUUUGGUGGGACUUCUACCGAAGAUCCUAACAUACUGAAGUCUCCUUAUGGCUGUAUCGAAGUACCUGAGAUCAACAUUACAGACUACUUGUUCGAGAAGACUGCCAAAUGGGGAGAUUUGAUUUCUACCGAGUGUCCCUUAACCGGAAGAAAAUACACUUAUGAUGACAUACAGAGAGGAUCCAGGAAUUUGGCUGGCGCUUUAAGGAAGAAAUUGAAGCUCAACAGGAAAGAUGUUGUGGCCGUCCUCCUUCCAAACGUACCUGAAAUGCCAAUCGCAUCUUUUGGGGUGCUUCAUGGUGGACUAGUAGCAACCACUUUGAAUCCUACCUACACUCCAGAGGAAAUAUGUCGUCAACUGCUAGAUUCUGGUGCAAAAGCUCUGAUAACCCUCACAGAUUUUUGGCCGGCUGCAAAAAAGGCUGUGGAAUUAACCAAAGAAAAUAUACCAAUAAUUACAAUCAAUACAAAGGCGGAUCAAACUACUCCAUCUGGUGCGAUCAGUUUCGCAGAAUUCACGAAAGAAAAAAUUGAAAUUGAAGACCGCAAUCAGAUUAGCAACGAAGACAUAGCUUUCAUGCCAUAUUCUAGUGGCACCACUGGACUUCCUAAAGGUGUACUUCUCAGCCAUCACAACAUGAUGGCCAAUCUUGAGCAGAUAAGCUCUCCAAAAUAUGCGUAUAUAGAACAAGCUACAAAGGACCACCAAGACGUCGUUCCAAUAGUUCUACCUCAGUUCCACAUAUACGGCCUUCUAGUCACCAUGUUACAAAGUACUGCACGAGCUUGCAAGCACAUUUGUAUGCCAAAAUUCGAUCCAGCCUUGUACAUAAAAGUUUUAGCCACUUACAAACCUCACGCCCUCUUCGUUGCACCUCCACUGGUGAUAUUCAUGUCGACGCAAGACGCUGUCAAAGCAGAGUAUUUAUCUAGGGUUAGGAGCAUUGUGAGUGGGGCCGCACCUUUAGGGGCCAGUGACGAGGAGAAGUUCAAGAGGAAAGCAAACGUGUUUGUAGGACAAGGUUAUGGCAUGACAGAAGCAUCCCCUGUGAUAACGAUGACGGCGAUCAGAGGCACCAGCACGCCUGGUUCAACGGGACCUCCAAUUCCUUCCACUGACAUCAAAAUCAGCAAGUUGGACGAUCCUCUAGGUUUAGCCUUGGGGAGAAACCAAACCGGUGAGAUCCUCGUGAGAGGGCCUCAAGUUAUGAAGGGUUACCAUCAAAGAGAAGAUGCAACUGCAGAAACCUUGUUGGAAGGUGGUUGGUUGAGAACUGGCGAUAUAGGAUUUGUCGACGACAAUGACUGUAUAACCAUCACUGACAGGUUGAAAGAAUUGAUCAAGGUGAAAGGUUAUCAAGUACCACCCGCAGAACUUGAAGAGAUCAUAAGACAACAUCCAGAUGUUGUUGAAGUUGGUGUUAUAGGUAUUCCGGAUGAGAGAGCUGGGCAACUGCCUAGAGCCUAUGUUGUCUUGAAGCCUGGCACACAGCUUGACGAGAAGAACAUUCAAGAGUUCGUCAAGAGCAAAGUGUCGACUUACAAGGAAUUGAAAGGAGGUGUUGCUGCUGUUGAAAGUUUACCGAUGAAUGCAUCUGGUAAGAUUUUGAGGAGGCAGUUGAGAGAAAUGUAUGAGAAGAAUGGAAAAUGAAGAGUUUAAAUGAAUUUCACAUGUCACAAUUACGUUUUGAGAAACACAAAUUUGCCAUCUUUUUCGUUGAUGUUGUUCUCUAUAUUUUAAUAUAAUGUAGAUUGGGUGGUGAUGAUGUACAUAGGUUAUGCCUAAAAACCUAGGAUACCAACACAUUUUUUGUAAAAAUGAUAUAGGAAAAGGUUCAUAGAACCCUUAUUUUUAAUACGAGCUUAUUUUGUAUAGACCGAAUGCAUUUAUUAUAGUUAUACUUGUUGAGAAAAAUAAAGAAUGUUCAUAGGAA